GUUGCCAACGCAACCUAUAUUUUACUGCCUCUGAUAAUUAGAACAAAGCGAUUAAACUACAUACACGUUUACGAUGUAUGCGCUUAAGGGUUUAGGCUUUAGUUUAUUUAAACACGAGCUUUUAGUUUAUACAAUUACGACAUUAAUAAAGAAACAAAACAGUGUAAGUGACCGGACUUGAUUAUUUUUGUGCGUUUAAAUCGGCGUUGGUGACACAUAGGAAGAUAUAAAGACGUCGCGAAAAGUUAUACUGAUUACCAUGGCAACGGUUUCGCAAGUCGUCUCGCCCACUACAGGGUCAAGUGAGUGCCCGCCCUCCGCCAACCACUCUGGACAUGCCGUUUAUGGGUCUAUACCUCCCGUGUUUGAGCGCCAAGAGGCGGCAUUGCUAAUGAUCCUUGGUUUUGGAGGCGUGUCCGUACUCCUGGCGCUGUUGCACAGACAGGUUCGGAAGCGCGUCUUCCAUGAUGACAACAACGUGGACACGGCGUUCGACGCCGGCGGCCGUGUGAGCACCAGCCUGACCGCCGUCACUGUGGCAUCGCAAUUCCUGUGGCCCGGCGACAUCCUCCAGAGCUCAACAAUCACCGUCAAGACUGGUAUAUCCGGUCCGCUGUGGUACACGGUCGGGGCCGUAAUGAAUAUUGCCCUAUUUCCGAUAGUGUCUGUAUACCUGAAAACGAGAGCACCGGGCGCUAAAACCUACCUCCAGAUAAUGUACGCGCGUUACGGGCGUGCGGCACACAUCCUGUUCGUGGUGAUGGCUCUGAUGGUGAACCUGUGUGUGAUCGCCGUCCUCAUCGUCGCCGGCGUGAGCACCAUCAAGGCCGCCACCGUCGACGCUUCCGACGAGUUCUGCGUCGUCAUCAUCGCCGUCCUGUUUGGAUCUUACUCUUUCAUAGGUGGCCUAGGAACAACAUUCUACGUGUCGUAUUUCAACGCCGUUCUGACGUUCUCGAUACUGAUUGCACUCAACAUAAAGAUAUUGUACUCGUCAGAUUCCACAACGGGUGGCGGUAACAUUAAGAACCUGUAUGCACACAUUCAAUGCUUGCAAGGGCCGACAGGGAACGAGAAUAGGAGCUAUUUGACAUUCUGGUCAGAGAACGGAUUCGUGUACGCCUUCAUGGGGCUGUGUGUGAGCGCCUCGAUCACCUACUGCGACCAGGCCGCCUGGCAGAGCCGCAUCGCCGCAAAGCCGCUACAGGGCGUCCUCGGCUUCCUCAUCGCCGCCUUUAUCUGGUUCGCCAUCCCCAUAUCCAUCUCUACUUCCGCUGGGCUCGCUUAUAUCGCCAUGGCCGCCACCAACACGACGAGCGUUCUGUCGCCGUCCGAUAUCGACGAAGGCCUCGUGACGCCGUUCAUGGCGGAGCGGUUGCUAGGAGGCAUGGGCAGCGUGCUUAUCCUCACCAUGAUCGCCAUGACCCUGAUGAGCACGGGCUCUGGCGAGGUGAUGGCGGUCUCCUCCAUCAUCGUGUACGACAUCUACCAAAUCUACGUACACCCGUUCAGAAAAGAUCAGGACGCUCAUUCGUGCAUAUUGUGUGGGAAGACGCGACCUGUUGAUGGCGCUGACGAGGAUUCAAGCAAGUGCUACUGUCCGGGCGUGCUGACCUGUGAUCCCUGUCGGCGUGACCUCGAGUCAUCCACCGAGCGAAAGGAAGGCAGUAACUAUGAACACAAGCAUUAUACGUGUCCGCAUCACGGGCUGUACAGACAGUACCAGCAGGACAUGCUGUCCUACAAGAGCUGGUGCAUCCUCUGGGUCACUGUUGCGAUCGUGCCGCUAGGUAUUGCCGUACAGAUGAGCGGUUUGAAGCUGAACUGGACAAUGCUGAACGGCUUCGUGCUCACGCUGCCCUGCUUCCCCGUCGUCGUGCUGUCUAUAUUUUGGAGCAAAACCACAGGGCACGGCGUCAUUGCCGGGGCUGUGUGUGGCAUGCUGGGCGGUGUGGGGGCGCUGCUCGGCACCGCCUCCACGUACCCGGGCGGCCUUCAGCUCUUCCAGAAGAACACCUCUGAGAACUUGUGUGUCAUGGCAGGCGCCGGCACUAGCAUUGGUUUGAGUGUUAUAGUCUGUUUUGUCGUAUCAUUGAUCACGCACAAAAUACACACUGAUGCAGACGUUGAAAACGAAUGGCGUAAGCUCCGUGAUAUUGACAACCCUCUGCACCCCUGGUCCGAGCUGUACACGGAGGACAUUCCCGACCUGGCGGUCGGAGAAAGGCCGAGCGUAAAGCAGCUUGAGCAAGCGUUCGGCAGGGCCCGCCUCGCCGCUUACAUCGGCGGACUUGCCACCCUCGUGCUGUGCGUGGGAUUGGUUCCGGGCGUUAUGCUUAGUUUGCACGUGCUCAGCGAGACGCAGUUCACGGUGUGGACACAUGUUUUGCAGUGGUUUUGCUUCGCUAUGGCGGCAGUUGUGGUUGUUGCGGCACCGGUCGAAGAGGUUGUUCAAGUGGUGCGAAGAGUGAGAGCUAAUAAUAGCGAGCGACGCCAGAAGGAAACCGCAAAUAGCGCGUACAAUUUGAAGACAAUUAACAGUGCGGAUUAGACAUAAGUACGUGCUUAACAAAGAUUCACAAAAUGUUCAUAACGAUACACUGCAUUUAUAUGCAAAAUAAAACAAAGUGCAAUUACUGAAGAUGUUCUUAUCCCCGCGUACCGUUUAUGCACAGAAUGGGUUUUAAAUUAGUGCUGAAUUUUGACCAUGAUGUCGAUGUAUGACUUUGACUUUGAAAGUAGCCAUGUUGUUUUAAGGCGCAAGACGCACAAUGCCAUCUAUGUCAACUCGUGUGUUACACUGUUGAAAAAAUCAAACUAAACAAAACAACGUUACAUGUGUGCUUAGUUAUUUCAAAAGCAUUCAACGUAUACGUCAAAAUCAAGCCAAAUCGCGACACAGGACGCUGUGCUUGAAAAGACAUAUGCCACACGUUGAUGCCUUGAUGAAUAAUCAUAAGUGGAAACUGUGUAAUUACCAAAGUGGUGAAGCAGGAAAGAUGCACUCUUGUUCACCAAGCAAUUUUAAAAUAUUCACAGUCCCAAGUAGGUCAAGGUCAAUGUAGAGUUGGGUGAUAUUGUAUCAAAUUACAAAGAUUUCAAGCAGUCCGUGUUGGUGCCAGACGGAACGUACGUUCGUGUUAACCUGCAAAAAAAGGCGGUUUGAAUGAUUUUUAAGUUAAAGUAAAACUCAAUUGCGGUUAGAUGCCAUGUGUAGAUUCUGAUGGUCAUAAGGAAUAUAAUUAUGUAAACGUAUCCAUGUGAUGCAAUGAGUGGCGCUUGUGCUAGCAGGCAAUACGGUGAAUGUGAUUUAACCAUGAAAUACACAGUUACUAAUUCAACAUUUGAAUUAUUUUAAUCCAAAUAUAUGUCAAGGGAAAAAUAUUGUUGCAUGAUGUUGGUGAAUAGUAAACAGACGUAGGCAUCACCUGUUCAAGUAUCAAUGAGUUGAAGCAAGCGGUGUUGGAAUUCGACUACCGGUAAACGGAUACGAGCUACCUGAUGACAAUUACGUUAACACGAGAACUUUUGACUCACGUGAAUAAAAUGCAAUUUGCACCUCAUUUAAUAAGGGUAUUAUUUCACUUGAAGAGCAAUUUUGACUGCAGAAAAACUUAAAUCAAUAUUAAAGAUGUUCAGUUUCCGGAGAUGUUAUAUAUGUUCGUUCUAUAUGCAAACUGAACAUUAAUUUUAUUGAAACUAGUUUACAUUAGUGUUACUAAAUGUGAAUUACAUGGAAAAUCUAUGUAGGUGACCAUUAUAUAUAAUGAUGCGUGCUUGGUAUGAAAUCUCUGACUCGUGCAGUUACCAAAGGUAUUUGAAAAAUAUUAUUUCUAUAUAGAAACCACGUGGCCACUUGGGCGUUGCCGGAUGCGGUAUGUGCAAGAUUCGUGACUGUGUUGGCAUGAUAAGAUUUCGAGUUUUUUUGAUGCAGCAGACAGCAGGAGAUUCCAAGGAUGACAAUUGGCGACCAUGUGCUCGGAGAGAAAGAGGCAACUACUGUUGACAAUGUGAUUGAUGCGAAACAUAAUACACCUAGACACAGCAUGUGAGAUAACAAAUACGUGACAACCGGAGAUGAGCGUGGGGGGUGCUUAACGAAGAAGAUAAGACUGUAAUGGAGACUAGUCGUUUAGCGAAACGCAAACGUGUUUACAACUAGUUUGCAUCCGGAAUAACUUUCAAUCACAUUAGAGCAAUCGUUUAAGAUCAACAUUUCAGAAAAAAACUUGUGAAAUUGUGUGAUGAACACAUUUAUUGCGUUCAUCAUCCGUCGUCCACAUUGUGUAAAGUCUACUCUUUCUGCCCUUUAUCAAACUUUAUAAAAUGGUAUCCUUGGGUAAUCCGCCUACAUUUUCCCCUCCACUGAAUAUCCAGCUUAAGUUGACAAAUAAGUGGUUUGAACAUGAACAAUUCAAAACGCUUAUAAUCUUAAACAGCAAUCAGUAUAACCUUCAUAUUUCGUAAAUACAUGUAUACCGCAUCGAAUAGUUCUCAACCAGAUUGCUAAAAUCAUGUUGUCACCGUUGACCAAUAUAUCCCCUCCCCCACACUUCAUAGUAUAAGAACUGAAUAAUGACCUCAGGCGAGAGUUUUAUGUCCUUCAUGGCCCUCUUUAUAAUUUAUACGAGUCGCGUUCUGAGAAAACUGGGCAUAAUUCU